AUGUGGCAAGUCGCUGCUGGUUCGGUUUGUGUGCAUGGAUGCAAGAGCCUGCUCCUCUCCUUCUUUCAGCUUCUUUCAGCGAAAGCACAGAUGAUGAGAGGUCGUUCGGCUGAUUUCUAAGGGGGCAUAGAGCUGCUGCAGGAGAACCAGCGCCUGGCACACAUUACGGUGCAGUUUCUGGCGGUAUGGACGGGCUGCAGGCAGAAAACGCUGGAGUUGGCGACAUCGGGGAGAACGCGGAGGAGAGGUACCGCGCUCUCGCCUAUGACACUGCCCUGAGCACUUUGGUGGCGGUGGUCGUGUACUCGGUGGUGAAAGUGAGCCUGGACGGCAUCAGGCAGUGGCGGGCCAGGAUCUCGGUGCUCAUCGUGGGUUCGGGACCCGUGGGGCUGACGGCCGCGCUGGUCGCUGUCCGCUCCGGUAAGGUGCUGAAGCUGACCGUGCUGGAUGAGAGGUACCGGACCGCCCUGCUCUGCCGGCCACAGCAGAUCGCUCUGGACCCCCGCAGCGUGAAGUUUCUGCUGGGACUCGGGGUGGACUUCGAUAACAUGGAGGGCUGCUGGCACAACGAGCAUUUCUUCACUAGGAUAGGCGUGUUUCAGGAGUACCUGCUGAGCAUCCUGGAGCAGAAGAAACAGAAGGUGGACGUCAAGGUGCAGCUGGGGACCAAGUUUACGGAGGAGUACCUGCGGCGGAUCCCACGCAAUGACUGGCCACGUGUGAUCGUCGUGGCUGAUGGGUCGUGUGGCGACUCCUGCUCCGUGCUGGGCAUCAGCUCUGACUACACUGUGGAGUCCUGCCACGCCUAUGGAGCUAAUGCAGCUAUAGAGAGACUAGAACAGAGACAGGUACCCACUCCUGAGAUCCGCGCCCACAGCCUCUACUUCGACCUGUCCGCUUACGGAGUGGAGGCCCUCCGAGAGCACCGAAAUCCCACCACCAAGCCCGGCUUCCACCUGAAGAUCUAUGGCACCUUCAGAAACCGCUACGUGGCCCUUGUCUGUCCCGCCUCUGACACCAAGAUGGUCCGCUUCCUCAGGCACACCGCCAACUCCUCUAUCAUGAAGAACAUUUUCCACCAGUCCUUUAAUGCCUAUAAGACAGACAUAGAGCCUCGUCUCAACGACGUGACGCUGCACCACAUGCAGUUCAGCCGCCGUCUCUUUGAGAUUCAGUUAUCACACAGACGCAUCAGUGCAGCCUACAUAGAGGGGGACAAUGUGGCGGUCACUGUGGAGGGGGAGGCAGCGCGUGUCCUCAACUUCGACACAGGCUGUGGGGUGAAUCUGGGUAUGCGGGGUCUGGAGUCAAUGGGGACAUUCAUUUACCGGACUGCGACUGCCGUGGACCAGAAUGAUAUUCUAGAGGCGCUGUCGGCUAAGAUGCGGCACUCCAGACAGGUGGCUGAGACCUUCAAGCAGACAGGCCUGGCUGAAUCAAUGUAUGAAUGAAACAGGAGGACGACCCGGUGAAUGCAUAAUGCCACCUAGCGGAAAGUGGCGGUGGAUUAUUCGUGCUGACGGUGAAUGCUUACAAUGAAUCAUGAGUCUGAUGCUGAAAUGGAACACUAAUGGUUACGCACUGAAUGGAGCUGAAUGAGAGGUAGCUGUGAACAGAUGGAUAAUGGAUGUAAACAUGUGAUCGUAAGUCUUUGUGACAUACUGUGAGUGGAUGGAGGGAGGGAGAGUAACCGAGGCUAUAUUCAGUACAACGCACCUGAAGCUGGUCUGAUUUUCAGGAUGCAAAACCUGUUAAUGCUGCAAAUUGUGGCAGAAAGAGAAAAUAAUCUCUUACAGUUGCAAUGAAACAAUUUAAUGCAUUUAGGAUUUCUCUGUAAAGUGUGAGAAUGUAUAGGAAAGAAAUUGAGCCUUAAGGGCCGAGGAGUAGAGGAGUUAAAUGAAAGCUCUGUAAUCUUUAUCACUGUCGUCUUCUCCUUUUUUAAGGAAAGAAUUGACUUGAUUUCCAAAAUUUAGCCGAUUGUGCACUCUGGACAUCACAUCAAUGCUGCUCGGGGAAACAAGUCUGUCAUCAGCUAGAACUGAGAAAUGUAUAAAACUGUUUGUGUCUGUGAGGAGGCAGCUGCUCCAAAGUGUUAUUACAAAGCCUUUUGUCUUUGUGUUUGUUUGACAAUGUGGUGAUAAUUGUGCUGAUGACGUUCUGAAGUAUUCGCUAGAGUGGCCUAUUUUUUGUGCUCUGCCUUCUAAAUUUGGAUUUUUUAGCAGAUUUUAAUAAUGAAUUUGUUUUGCGGAUUUGUCAUAGUUUCACUUUUCUUUUUAUAUUUGGCUCCAGGUAAUCUGAGAGGAACGGUCUCAAGUUAUUUACCCUGAAAGUGGUUUAUUUCAGAUGAAGGAGAGCGUGCUCAUAAUAAUGUUCUGCUCCUGUUGAAGUGCCAAUAAAGUUGGUGAUUUGG